AUCACGUGAUCAAGAUUUCGCGCCACUUUCGUAUGCCUUUUACCUUUCUGAGGUAAAGUCGAGUUUUCCAGACGAUAUUUUCGCCGCAGAUUUGCAGUUUCUGCUCAUCUUCCUUCAUUCCAACUAUCACAGUAACUGUGUAGGGACAGAAGGACUCUCGUGCAUCACAGUUGAGCCUUUUUUGUGACAAGAAAAGCUAAAAUCCGCCAAAAUGCCACCACGAGACUACGCUGCAGAGAAAGAAAAGAUCAAGCAGUUCAUCGCUGAGUUUUAUACCAGUGGAGACAAAGGAGGAAAGGACUUCAAGUAUGCACAGCAAAUGGUCAAGAUCGCACACCGUGAGCAGGUAGCACUGACCAUUGACAUUGAGGAUGUAGCGGAGGUUGACCCUGACCUGGCCGAGGCUAUGGUGGAAAACACGCGUCGCUACAUCCACCUCUUUGCUGACGCUGUCUACGACAUGCUACCUGACUACAAACAGAGAGAGGUGGAGACGAAAGACUCCCUUGACGUGUACAUCCAGCAUCGCCUGCUGAUGGAGCAGCAGCACAGGGGUGGGGCCGAGCCACGGGAUCCACGCAACCAGUUCCCGUCAGAGCUCAUGCGCCGAUUCGAGAUCUACUUCAAGGCGCCAAGUCAGCAGAAGCCGCUGGCCAUCCGACAGGUGAAGGCGGAGAACGUGGGGAAGCUGGUGUUGGUACGCGGUAUCGUGACCCGCUGUACCGAGGUCAAACCCAUGAUGGCGGUGGCCACCUACACCUGCGACCGUUGCGGUGCAGAGACCUACCAACCUAUCAAUUCGCCCACCUUCAUGCCGCUUCAAAUGUGCCAGAGCCAGGACUGUGUCACCAACAAGUCUGGAGGACGUUUGUACCUACAGACGCGUGGCUCCAAGUUUGUGAAGUUUCAAGAGAUCAAGAUCCAGGAACAUAGUGACCAGGUGCCAGUGGGAAACAUCCCCCGCAGUAUGACCAUCUUUGCCCGUGGAGAGAUCACCCGACUGGCCCAGCCUGGAGACCAUGUACAAGUCACGGGCGUGUUCCUGCCCAUGUUGAGGACGGGAUUCCGACAGGUGACACAAGGCCUGCUGUCUGAGACGUUCUUGGAAGCUCACAAAGUGACAAAGAUGAACAAGACAGAAGAUGACGAGCUUGGAGCAGAGGAACUGUCAGAGGAAGAAAUCAAGCAGAUAGCAGAGGAUGAUUUCUAUGAAAAGCUUGCCUCUUCCAUUGCGCCUGAGAUCUAUGGCCAUGAGGAUGUGAAGAAAGCGUUGUUACUGCUCCUGGUGGGAGGUGUCGACCGUGCGCCCAAGGGCAUGAAAAUCAGAGGAAACAUCAAUGUUUGUUUGAUGGGAGACCCUGGCGUGGCCAAGAGUCAGCUGUUGUCGUAUAUCGACCGUCUGGCCCCCCGCAGUCAGUACACCACGGGCCGUGGCAGCUCCGGUGUAGGUCUGACCGCAGCUGUCAUGAAGGACCCCCUCACAGGUGAGAUGAUUCUGGAAGGCGGAGCUCUCGUUCUGGCUGACCAGGGCGUCUGCUGUAUCGACGAGUUUGACAAAAUGAUGGACGCUGACCGUACCGCCAUUCACGAGGUCAUGGAGCAGCAGACCAUCUCCAUAGCAAAGGCUGGAAUUAUGACCAGUCUGAACGCCAGAGUGUCCAUCCUAGCGGCCGCUAACCCCGCCUUCGGACGCUACAACCCCAAGAAGUCCAUUGAACACAACAUCCAGCUGCCCGCGGCCUUACUGUCCAGGUUUGACCUGCUGUGGCUCAUCCAGGACAGGCCAGACAGGGACAACGACCUCAGACUUGCCCAGCACAUCACGUAUGUGCACCAGCACAACGAGCAGCCAGCAGCACAGUUCACACCCAUUGACAUGAAACUUAUGAGGCGCUACAUCGCACUCUGUAAGACCAAGAACCCUGUGAUACCGGAGGACCUUACGGACUACAUCACCGGCGCGUACGUCGAGAUGAGGAAGGAGGCUCGGAACAACAAGGACUCGACCUUCACGUCCGCAAGGUCACUGCUGGCCAUCCUGCGUCUGUCCACCGCACUGGCUCGUCUGCGGUUGGUGGAUGUAGUUGAGAAGGACGAUGUGAACGAGGCCAUGCGACUGAUGGAGAUGUCCAAGGACUCACUGGUGGGACAAGAGGAGGGAACCAAACGGCAACAACAACCUCAGGAUGUCAUCUUCUCCCUGAUUCGCGAGAUGGCUCCUCCCGGCGUGAAGACCGUGAACCUGGCCGACGCGAGGGAGCGCACGCUCGCCAAGGGCUUCACGCCCGACCAGUUUGACGAGGCCAUCGAAGAGUACGAGGAUCUCAACGUCUGGCAGGUCAACGCUGCGAAAACAAAAAUCACUCUGAUUUAGUACAACGUAAACAAACAACAUGUUCAAGGUUUGCUGUAGGGCAGAGAAAGGUCAAAACUGAUGUAUUUCACUCUUAGAAUGGCAGGGAAGGUUAGCAGUAGAUUCUUAAUGUCUUCCAGCACUUUGAAUUACACUGAAACUCACUUAGAUACAUUUCUAAUCUGUAACAAUUCUUAAUGUCUUCCAGCACAUAGAUAGAAUUAGCCUCCAUGUUAUGUGGCCAAAGUUUCACCCAGACAACAUUGCAAGGUUGCCAACAUGCAAUUUUGUAUAUGCCAUGGGUUUAGGUCCGGA